AACACGAUCUCCCUUCUUCAGCCGUAUUCACAAUGAAGCCGCCAAUGCGAAUAGCGUUGCGCUCGGCGAUUCGCCAGCAAAUCCAAUGCUCACACCCAAACGCAACAGCGACCCUACCCCUAAGAGCAGUAGUAACGCGACAACAGCGCAACAUCCACAGCACCACCCCCGCGCCCGCCACCGUCUCCCCAAUCCACGGCACCGGCCCACCCCCCGAGCCCCCCGUCCCCGCAGCCGACAGCGCAACCGAGCGACUCGAGCGGCGGAAACGGCAAGCGGAGAUCUUGGAACAGGCGCAGGCGAUCCGACAAUACAAGUCUUCCUCUUCCUCCUCUAAUAAGUCGGCGACGCCGGGCUCGAAGAAGGAAGCCAGGGACAACGCGCUGAGGAAGCGGUUCUGGAAGGACGUGCACGUGCGCGAGGUCGAUGGCGCGUGGGAGGUGCACUUGGACACGCGGCCGCUGAGGCGCCCUGAGACGAAGGAUGUUGUGAGGAUCCCGUUGAGUAAGCCGUUGUUGGCGGGUGCGCUGGCGGCGGAGUGGGAUAUGCUGCUUUCGCCGCAGCAGGCGACUAGGUCGCAUUUUAUCCCGCUUACGGGGUUGGUGUGUAGGGCGCUUGAUAUCGCGGAUGAUGACGCUGCUAGUUGCGCUAGCGCCGGCGGCGGUGGUGGGAGUGGGAGUGGGAGUGGGAGUGGUAAGGGUAUCAACGAACAGAAGCUGAGGGAAGGCAUCGUCAAGGUACUGCUCAAGUACCUCGACACGGACUCCCUGCUGUGCUGGGCGCCGCCGCCUCGGCACGAGGACGGGCCCGGGGAGAGUUUGAGAGAUAGGCAGAAGAAGGCGACCGAGGAGGUGGUCGGGUUCUUGACAAGUCGCGUCUGGCCCGGCGUGACCAUCGAGCCGGUGCUGGACGGCGAGAGUAUCAUGCCGAGGAGCCACCCGGAGAUCACGAGGCAGAUCAUCCAGGGGUGGAUCAUGGGAUUGAGUCCUUGGGAGCUGGCGGGGCUCGAGAGAGGUGCGCUCGCGGCUAAGUCGUUGCUGGGCUCCGUGAGGUUGCUCGUGGAGUGGAGCGAAGGGUUCGUAGGGGCCGGCGUGGGAGACGGCGCGAGUGCGGGGGAGGGGAAGAGGUUCGGCGUGGAAGAGGCGGCGAGGUUGGCGAGUAUCGAAGUCGAUUGGCAGACUGGGCGGUGGGGAGAGGUCGAGGAUACGCAUGAUGUCGAGAAGGAGGAUUUGAGGCGGCAGUUGGGGAGCGCGGUCUUGCUUGUUAGUGGGACUGGGGCAAAGUAGCUUGUGAUACCUACCUGCCCUUCUAGUGACAUAAAUAUGUGUAGAAAGUUAAGGAAAUAUGCUAGAAUGUAUAUUACUACUCCUGUCUGUCAGUCUCCUGGCGGUUCGACGUCAAAGGUUAUUUUCCGAUGGGGUCUGCAGUCAGGAAGUACAUAGUUUAAGGAUAUGGAUACUACUCGGCAUGAUCCAUUGUACGUGGACUCACGCUUACAUGCCCUUCUCCUAGGGUAUUAUAUACACACAAUAUAGGUCAAAUUAACUCACUUAA